CGGAGAGGCAUGAGCGACGGAGCGGCCGCUCCGCGCCGCGGUAAGUGUGGACGUCUGUGUAAGUGUGAGAGAAUUAUGGUCGCGUUUAAAGGAGUCUGGACUCAGCCCUUCUGGAAAGCCGUUUCGGCAGAAUUUUUGGCCAUGCUCAUUUUUGUCCUCCUCAGCCUUGGCUCCACGAUCAACUGGGGUGGAGCAGAGAAGCCCCUGCCUGUAGACAUGGUCCUUAUAUCCCUCUGCUUUGGACUCAGCAUUGCCACCAUGGUGCAGUGCUUUGGACACAUCAGCGGAGGCCACAUCAACCCUGCUGUGACUGUGGCAAUGGUCUGCACGAGGAAGAUCAGCCUUGCCAAGUCCGUCUUCUACAUUCUUGCCCAGUGCCUGGGAGCCAUCGUGGGCGCGGGCAUCCUUUACCUUGUCACACCGCCCAGCGUGGUGGGAGGCCUGGGAGUCACUGCGGUACACCGAGAUCUUUCUGCUGGGCAUGGACUCCUGGUGGAAUUGAUAAUUACAUUCCAGCUGGUUUUUACUAUUUUUGCUAGCUGUGAUUCAAAACGAAGUGAUGUUACUGGUUCAGUAGCUUUAGCAAUUGGAUUUUCUGUUGCAAUUGGACAUUUAUUUGCUAUCAAUUACACCGGUGCCAGUAUGAACCCAGCUCGAUCAUUUGGACCUGCUGUCAUUAUGGGCAGAUGGGAAAACCAAUGGGUGUACUGGGUGGGACCAAUAAUCGGAGCAGUCCUUGCCGGUGCUCUGUAUGAGUACGUCUAUUGCCCAGACGUUGAACUCAAGCGCCGCUUCAAAGACGUCUUUGGUAAGGCUAGCCAGCCCUCCAAGGGCAAGUACAUCGAGGUGGACGACAACAGGAGCCACGUAGAGACCGAUGACCUGAUCCUGAAGCCUGGCAUAGUUCAUGUGAUUGAUAUCGACAGGGGUGAUGACAAGAAGGGAAGAGAUCCAUCCAGCGAGGUGUUGUCUUCUGUAUGACUAGCAAGAAGCACUGAAAGCAGAGAGCAGCCUGCUAGCACGUCCACAGAUAUCCUUCCACCCAUUAAAGAAACAGAUCUCCUCUAGACUGAGCACCUUCCACUUCUUGAAAGGUAUGGUGUGGGCAGCUGCAUGGAGUGGUGUCACCAAACCAUAUGCCUGCUCAGUUGGAAGAUUAGGACUUUUCUAUAAUUAGGAUUCCCCUUCUACUAUUCCAAAUUUAGACUUGUUCCUAGUAUUUUCCUUUCCUUCUUUCUGAAGCAACCCUAAAGUCAAAAAAAGAGAUGAAAGCAUUCUCCUUUAAUAAAGCAGUCAAUAAUGAGAUAAAGAUAGAGAUGUGUAACAUCCAGAUUGACAGUUAAGACAUACCAGGAAAUGCCUAUAGACAUGAAGACCUACUUAUCAGAUUGUUCUUCUGACACUUAAUUGGCUGUUGUCAGCACCGAUUAUAACAUCUUACCCAUUAAGCCUUCUCUGCAAGGUUCACAGACAGCACCAGCACUAUUUAAGAGUUUUAUCCACAGUCAAGCAAAGGAGUAUUGUUUCCACUCAUGUACAUCACUAUUGCCUUGCAGACUACCUCUGAAAAAAUGAUACUUUAACAGGCUUUUAAGAAAAAAUUCUAUCAACCCAUCAAAUUUCACUCAUUGAUUCACUGUAUAAAUACAUUACCUUCAUCCCCAAGAGUAAAUAUGCAGAAAUGGAAUGUUGAAGUGUAGGGUAAUAAGGCUGCAAAGCAGUUGAUUGUACUUCAUGCUCCCUCUUGUCACUGUCUAUCUGGUGAAACAUUCUCCUGGGGUUUGACUAUUGACCAUUCAGUGUUAGCAGACUCUCAAGGUCAUGCAAAGAAUAUAAAGGCUUUCCUGUUACUUAAUAACUUAAAUAAGAGAUAUCAGAAGAAAAGAAGGCAUAUCUGUUUUCAGUGCACUUGUUUGAAUACACAUUUCUGUGCUAAUUUAUGUAAACUAAAGGUUUAAAUUACUUACCUAUUUUCUUACAAGAUGGUUGGAGAUAGUGGGGUUUUUUUAAUUUAUUAGUAAUAUAGAGGGGGUUUAACUUUUAACUGUAUUGAGACACUGAUUGGGAAAUAUUUUUUUAUAACAGAUGCUAAAAAUAUGACUGCUUCUGGCUUUUUGUUGUAACUGAUACCUAGCUAUUUGAACAGGUUCCCUGCUUAUUCCAGUGUUCACAUAGUCAAAAACUACACCUCUGGCAAAGGUUUCUUUAUCUGUUGGUAGAAAAAGGUUCAAGUGCUUGCAGGGUGUUUUAGGGGCAAAAGAACAUGCAAUAUAUUUGGUAAACAGUCUUUCCCCUAUAGAGGUUUUUGCCAGACAUAAUCACCCCAGUAGAACAUUUCUGUAAAGCUCUUACUGACUUACUGCUUUUGUUUCUGAUCAGUGGCUUUGAGUUUUACAAUAUGCAGCUGCAGACCAGUCAGGAGCAUGGUAUUAUUACCGUAAUUAUGUAGUUUUUGUUUUUAAAUUGAAAAGCUAUCCCUGCUUAUUUAGCAAUAAGAGAGGAAAAAAAAAUAGUCCUGACUGUGGGCUGUAUUAGCCUCAUCUGUUCUUUGACAUACUCUACAUGCAAUCUUUAUUACAGGGAAUGAGAUGUUUCUAAUGAGAUAAUAAACCACUACAACCCUCAAAUCUGUGCACUAUGAUCCAAGGGCAAUUCUAAUAUCCCAGCUUGCAGCCUUGUAGAGUCCCAGCAUGUCCUUCUUCAAGUUUCACAUUUUUCUUGUCUUAAUCCCUGACUGUGUGGUGCAAGUUCCCUGCACUGAGCAUGAGAUUCAUGACUCCUUUAUGCAUUUGCAGUUGAGUGUGGCAGGGGACCUGCAAUGGACAAUGUCAAAUUGCAGAUUAGAGCUCCUUCCCAGAGCAAGGACUAAGUCUCCCAAGGGACAGGCAGCACAGGUGUGGUGUUAGACCUCUGCUCAGAUGGAUAAAUACCAUGAUAAAGAGAUUCAAUGAGAAAGAUCAAAACUUACUGGGGGAUUUGUCUAGGCAGUUAUUUGGGCUUUUUCUUUACAUAGUUCCAAACUAUAUUUGUUAAAGGGACACUUUGGUUAAACCUUUUGCAUGGCUUAAAAAGGUAAAGAGUAAUACACAUAGAAUUGGUGGAUUUUUAAGCAAAGGUUUGCAUUUUUUGUACUUAAAGACACUCCUUAAUUUGUGAAUUUUGCAUGGUACUGAGUUAUUUAAAUAAGAAGCUGUGAUUUGUUUUAUGCUUAAGGGUCCUUUACACAAAUGGCUUGAUGUGUGUUUUCCUCACCCAGCCUGAUUCUGCUGCUGAGGUGAGCAUAAUGUGAGCAUAGCACCAGCCACCUCUGUUAGAAGGAUCUUUUUCCUGAAACACUCUGUAUUAAUGAACUGUGGCAAACACUCAGAACCAGCCCCCGAACCGGCAGAGCUUCUUAUUGAGGAUAAGAUCCUGACACUUCUUAAAAGAUCAGGGAAAAGAAGGGAUGCUAAAAUAGAGGCCACCUGAUAGUAAAGGUUGCUUCCAUGCCAUUAGACAUUAGCAGGUAAGCAAUGUGUGGUAGGUCUGCUCCUGAUCCCACAGAUUAAAACUUGUGGAGGAGUUUGUCAUUGACUAUGGUGGAAAUGAUCCUGAGCUCUUUUGGGGCCUGAUGGCUUCUCUGACACACUUCACUGUGUUUUUUCUAAAAUCCGAGGCUUUCAGCAAUGUGCUUAAUUUUGGAAGAAAAUGUAUGCAACUUGAGGUUUAUGACCCACCCUAAAGUAAAUCCUUAGCAGUGGCUGUAAUCACAGGUGGUUCUGUCCCACAACAUUCAUAUAAGGGAAUAUCACUCUUCAACAUCUAUUAGGACUUAGUUUAGCACAGGGAUAUGUGCUCCUCUAAGCUGUCUUGCAAUGGUAUCAGCACUGUACAAUAGUCAUGCUUGGUUAAAUAAUAGACUGGCAUGACCUUUUUAUGGAUUCAAGAUGCUUUUGGUUUAGUAGCUUUUUUAAACACAUACUUUGAUACUGUUUGAGUGAGAUUUGUGUUCUAAAGCUCUUCAGCUCUACACUGCAUCUCAUAACAUACUUGAUGUUCUCUUAAAACAUUUCUUGGUUUUGGUGGGAAUUUUUUUUUUUAUGAUUGUGAAUGGAAAUCACAGGAAGACUGGCAGGUCUGUCAUCAUUUUGGGGCCCCAAAAAACAGGAUGAGUCCCACUCCUCCAUGAUAGCACUGUUGUUUUCCAUGCUAUAUUUGCACUUUAACAAGCACCUUCAUAAUAUUAAGUCACUGGGUUUCAGAAAAGAAAGCAUGGAAGCCAAGGGUGAUUCCAUUGAAGCACACAAAUACCUUUUAGGCUGUGUGUACUCUGAGGAGUUCGUCACCCAAAUUCUAGCUAUUCUCAGGAAAAAAAAAAAAAACAUGAAGAAACCUUGCAGCAUUCAAGUUAUCAAGUCAUGAUAAUGCUUCUGUUAAAGUGUUCCACCUUUCAGUGGAAGUAGGAGUGAGAUUCAUCUCAUGCCAUGUUUAGGUUUGUCACAUAUAUUUUCAUGUCAGCUUUUCAAAAUGUGCUUUAUUUCUUAUUAUUAGUAAUUACCACAGUAUGUGCUUAGAAAGCUAGAUGGCUAUCUACCUUUCUAGUGCUUGAUGGCAGAGCAGCUGCCACUGUGCUCUGAAACAUCUUAUCUGCUGGCUGUGUAACACAUUCAGGAUAUUAUACACCAUCCAAUAUUUUAAAUCUUAUUAAAAUAUGUGAGAAUUUUCA